UAUUUUUGCUUUAGCGUGAAAUUUACUCGCUCGCUCAACAUUGUUAGGUUAGGCGCGGAGCGCCUAAUCAAACAGACCUAGUAAAAUAUAAAUACAUAUUGUCAGUGCAUAUAUACAGCAUCCAAUUUUAAAGUAGACCAAGUAAUCAAAAUUGUUUCUCUCAAUUUCUUUCCGAUCUUAAAUUAAAAAUGUAGAAUUAUAUAAAAAGUUUGCAAGUCAAUGCAGAUAAAAAAGAAAAAUCUUUCUUAGAAAAGAAAUCAUUUCACAGUCCAUGAGAAAUGAAAUUAUUGAAUUUUUCAAAUGUGUUAGGGCAGUUUAGGAUUAUCUGUAUAUAAUGACUACAUGUAUAUUUCCGGAUGAUGUAUACUGUAUGCAUGGAAACUUAUUACCCACAAAUAUUGUUGGCAUCAUUAAACGUCAUUUAAAGUGAAUAAAAAUGAUAAACACUUCGAUUAUUUCUAAUCGAUAAUUAAAUUGAUUUAUUGAAACAUUCACAGAUUUAUAAAAUAAUUUUGAUUAAUAAUGCGAUGACGGUCUCAAAUCCCCUUAUCAAAGAAUUAAAAGGGUGGACACGGAAAUUAACAGAACAUGGAAAAGAGAUUGACGAUGAAAAUGAAGAUCUGCCUGCCUUUUGUAAAUGUUUAGAAAAAUGUUUUCAAAAAGGCAUACUACUACGCUUAAGUACUUUAGGUUUUCCAAAGUUACCUGAUGCUUGGUAUUGGUUAGAAGAAAUUACGGAGAAAAAUUUUAGUUCCUGCUGUACCUACUCCUUGGUAGUUGAACAAGUAAAACAAUCUCCAAAAGUACAUACAGCAACUGGACGUCUUAGACUUUUAAUUAGAACAUGUUUGAUACGAAAGUGCCUUCAUGUGCCAGUUGAAAUGCUGGUCAGAACACCAUUAAUGGCUAUAAACUACUAUGACAAAAACAGUAUUCUGGGAGAUGAUAUUCUGGGUGAAAUAUUUUUAUCAGUAUUAUUACAAAGUAGUAAACUAAAUUUUAAAUUAAAUUUACGGAAUUCAAGUUUUUUGGAUGAAUCUUGGGAAUUACCUGAAUGCUUAUUUUUGGAAUUAGUACCGUGUAAAAGUUUAGGCAUUUCUGUGUGUUUUAUUAAAGGAAAAGCAUUGGUAAUUAAUCUGGACAGAAAUUCUGUAGCUGCUGAAGAUGAUAAAGUUGAGAUUGGAGACAUAUUGGAUGAAAUAAAUGGAAAUGCUAUAACGUCUAAUACUAAAGGACAAUUGCGUAAAAUUAUGAAAAAGUCUGUAGGCCAACCAGUAUGCCUGCAUAUAAUAAAACACCGUAAUAAAAAAACAAAUGAAUUAUACCUUCCAAUUAUACAUCUCAUAAGAAAUUCAGGCAUUGAAGGCUUAAAAAAAAUUUUAAAAAGGUUUUGUUUAGAACAACAUAACGAGGAAUCGAAAAACGAAACAAUGAAACCAGAAAGUAAGGCAUUAAAUGCUGGAUUUUCUGUUAAAUAUUGCGGUUCUAUGUAUAUUGGUACACAAGGAGAUGUUAAACAGAUUGAAAGAGCAAUUUUGCAAGUACUGAAGUCAGAAGAACUAAAAUCAGUUCCUGUAAAGUUUGAAUGCUUGGAAAUUGGAAUUAGAGUGACUCAAGAUAGUGAUGAUAAAGUAAUAUGUAAACAAAGCUAUAUGGAAAUCUCGUCCUGUGGUCGUACUAAAAACAUUCCUCAUUAUUUUGCAUUCAUUGCAGGAGAUACUAAUUGUAAUUUAUCAACCAAAUUCGAAGUGUAUGUAUUUUAUAGUCAAAAUGAACAUGAUGUGCAAACUAUAUUACAAAGUUUGGGUCAAGGAUUUCAACGUACCCAUUUUGCAGUAUAAUUAUCUAAAAUCAGAAUACCAGAUUUAAAAAAGGUACUUUUUAAUAAUGGAAACGAUAUUUCAUGAUAUGUACAAAUUAUCACGUGUUCCUAGAACGUUUCUAUUCAUAAAUCUAGUUAAUUAUAAAAUAAGCACAUCCUUUAUUUUAUUCUACUAUUCUAAAAAAAGAAAUUGCGAGGAAAGCAUAGCUUCAUACACUAAAGUAAAAGUAAUUUAUAUCACAUACAUUUCUUCCUACUAGUCAUAAUAUAUAUAUUAGUACAUAUUUCUUCGUGCAUAUGUAAUUGUUUGUUAAUAUUGAUUACUGAUUGAUAUUUUGUCUUUCAUUAUAUUAAAAAAAAAUUGUCAAAUGUAAAUAUAAAUGUAUCUAUCAGACAAUCAAUUGUGCGUACAAUUACAGAACAUCUGAUA